GUUUAUAUAUUUGUACAACCCGGCUUUGCCCGCGAGCUUGCUUGCCGCUUAGAGUACCAUCAACGUUGAAAGGUCUCGUCUAUCUUCGCGCGAUGGCAGGCCUGGACGCCGAAAAGGCACACGAGAAGAGUCUGCACCACGCAGAGGACUCGCUAGCAAGCGCUGUCAAGGAUGAAAACGAGGAGGUCCAGCACCGGAAUCCCAUCGUGCGGUUUUUCCUGUUCCUGGCGAGCUUUAUGAUUCCUGGUCUGGGCAUGUUCUGCGAAGCCUACUUCGUGUUCGCCGUCGGUAACCUGUCAGCGCUGUGGAAGGUCGAGUACAAGAACUGCUGGAAGGGAAUUGGCUGCCCGGUCAAGCUUUCUGAAUCAAUUACCUACACGCAAGUGUGCGGCAUCAUCUUUGGUCAGCUGUUCCUGGGCUUCUUUGCUGACCGCAUCGGCCGCAAAUGGGGCAGUGUCACCACCGCCGCCACCAUGGUUGUUGGCGCGAUUCUGAUUAUUUCCUCCGCUGGUAACACUGAGCGCGCCCUGUGGGCCAUGUUCACGGCCGUCCAGUUCAUCUUCGGCAUCGGUGUGGGCGGCGAGUACCCGGUCGCCUCGACCUCCGCCAACGAGCGCGCCGAGAGCAGCGCCGCUCUGCAGAAGCGCCGCGGCGAGACCGUCGUGCUGGUGUUCUCCAUGCAGGGCUGGGGCAACCUGGUCAACACCGCCGUCAUCAUUGCCAUCAUGGCUGGCUACCACCAGUACGGCGCGCCGUACAGCAACCACGCCCUGGAGGUGACGUGGCGUCUGUCGUACGCCAUUGGCCUCAUCCCCCUGAUUGGCAUCCUGCUCUACCGUACCUUCCGCCUUCGCGAGUCGGCUGUGUGGACCAAGAAGCGUGAGGCCCUUCAGGCCAUGGGCGGUUCGGAGGCCAAGGGCGUGCAAUGGCGCAAGUUCGGUCUGCUGAUGUACUACUACUGGCACCGCAACUUUGGCACCGCCAUGAGCUGGUUCGUGUGGGACUUCGCCUUCUACGGUAACAAGCUGUUCCAGGGCACCUUCAUCAAGAUCAUCAACCCCAGCGCCUCGCUAAUCCAAGUCCUGGAGUGGACUCUGCUGAACAGCUCUGUGGCUCUGGUUGGCUACUACUUUGCCGCUUUCACGGUGGACAAGCCGUGGAUGGGCCGCAUGCGCAUGCAGGUCAUGGGCUUCGCAUGGAUGUUUGUUCUGUUCCUCAUCUGCGCCGUGCACUACGACCAGCUGCGUACUCCCAAGUACAUCCACACGUUCCAGUUCCUGUACUACUUCUCCAGUUUCUGGGGCCAGUUCGGCCCCAACGCCACCACCUGGCUGCUGCCCGCCGAGCUGGCGCCCACCGAGCUUCGCUCCAUGUGCCACGGCUUCUCGGCUGCCGUCGGCAAGGCUGGCGCGCUGGUUGCGGGUGUUGUGUUCGGCCUUGUUGACGGCCGCACCAAGUUCUGGAUCAGCGCUUUCUGCGGUCUGGCUGGCGUCAUCCUGACCCUGAUCACCAUCCCCGAUGUGACCGGCCUGGACCUGCGCGAGGGUGACAAGCGCUGGCUGGCCAUCCUCGACGGACACCACCACCUGUACCACGGCGACGCCAUCAAGCCGCGCCACCUGUCUCUCAUUGAGCGCCUGCUGGGCUACGGCAAGAACUACCAGGCCGACUCCAGCAGCGACGUGCAGUACAGCGCCACGACCACCAGCUCGUCAGCAGCCAUGGCCAAGAGGGCCGCGGAGAUGUCGUCGCCCAAGCAGUCCUUUAAGAAGCAGAACUCUGGGAACGCUAUCAUUCCCGUCACCAAUUAGCUAGUUAGCAACUCCGCCUGAACGGCGAGCGUAUGUGGCCUCGCGUGUGCCUCGAGCACGCGGCGGCCCAGCACGAGGCUGCGAGCGUGGGCUGAAGUACUGUGCAACCAACAUCAUGUUUUGGAAAGCAUGCACAUGCGGCUGUGCGUACUAGCGCCUAUGACACAAUGACGGAUUGAACGGCAGGAUGCACUGGUGUUGGCUCUGGCAACAAUUAGUGCAUCCCCGAUUUGGCGUGUUGCUUGCCUGCCGCUGCGCUAGUCCAGUUGUUACGGGCUCGCAGCAACGCAUGCGCGGAAGUGGCUUUGAGGGGCUUGCCGUCUGCCGCAGUCGGUUCGGCUGUGUGGGGUCAGUUGUGCCUUGACGAGGCUAUUACGGAGGCUUGCAAGACAUCUGUAGCUUGGGGUUUGGAAAUGACUGCCUGGUCUUGUGCAUGAUGCUUUAUAUGUGUAAUCAGUAGCGUGGUGCACGGAUACUGCCGCACGCAUGGUAGUUGAAACACGGUGGCUUCGAUGCCAGGGCUCCGUGCAGCAUAUGAACGGGGUGUCUUUUUUGUGUCUGACUGCCGUCGAACUGCGCUUUACUCGAUGUCCCUCGGACCCUUUCUGUUCGUCAUGCCAACGGCAAUGCCGAAAUGCAGUCUAGUGCUGAUGCGAGAGGAAAGCGCGCGCAAGUAAUGGCUGGACGGGUUAUGCACUUCCACUGAUACCUUUUAGGGCUUUGACCUAUGCGAGUUGUGUCUGACGGUCAUACUCAAAUGUGAUAAGCAGGCCGGCGUGUGCCGCUGCAGUUGCUUUAUGGCAAGAUGGCAGCACAAGCCACUGUGUGCGCUUGUGGCCACUAGCUAGUGGCGGUCCUCACGGACCCGCUGUAGGGAGCGCGUGUUCUUAUCGCUGAUGGCCUGGGCUUGGUCUGCGCGUGUGCGUGAGCACACACGAAUCAAAACUGAGCGUUCCUGUGCACCUGGGCCUAUGCGGCCAGGCAGCCAGGCAAGACGGUUGGUGUUUCCGUAUACCAACGUGCGUGUGUAUGUCCUUAUGUUGGUGGGGCAUACUUGCAGACGCGGAGUUGUUCCUGAGCGGUCGCCCAGAAUACGGUAGAUGAACAAUGGUGCUGACGUUGUAUGUGAUUCGGUGCGGUGGCUUCUUGUGUGAUUGCCGGCUCAAGUCCCCUGCAGGUGUUAACGUUAGGAGGUGUUGCCUGUAGCUUGAGCAGCAGCCGAAUUUCUGGUAGCAUGGGCGCUGAGAAUGUGUCGUGCGCCUUUGGUCAUUCGCUUGCGUGCCUCUUGCCCUGCGUGUCCGUUUGCUGGGGGCUUUUGGUAGCCUUGCUGUCAGAAGCAGUGGAGCACUAAGGAAGUCGUGCCUGGUGCCCAUGGCUAGUCCAGGAUCCAAUCAUGACUGGACUGCCACACAGCUGGGCUGUGAAUGCAGCCGUUUGUGUCCGAAGAGACUGUAAGGCUUGCGGCGGCCGUGUGUCGGGCUCGACGAGUAUGCAGCGCUCACGGAUGCAGGCCGUCACGCCAUGAAGCCCCCGCCGGCGCUGUAAGGUAUCCUGCCG